AUUGAAAAAGGAAUUCGUGGUGGGUUGACUCAGGCGAGCAUGAGAUAUGCAAAGGCGAAUAAUGAAAAGACACCAGAUUAUGAUCCAACAAAACCGAAAUCAUGGCUUGUUUAUCAGGAUUGUAACAAUUUGUAUGGUUACGCAAUGUCACAAUUCAUGCCAUACGGUGGAUUUAAGUGGGUCGAACCCACACUAGAUGGGUUAAAUGCUUUAGACGAUAGUUCACCAAUAGGUCGGAUGUAUGAGGUUGACAUAUCAUACCCAAAAGAACUUCAUGACAAACAUAAUGACUUGCCAUUCCUACCGAAAAAUGAUAUUCCACCCGGUUCAAAAGUUAAAAAACUAAUGGCAACACUCCAUUCAAAGAAAAACUACGUGAUUCAUUAUCGGAACCUACAGCAGGCCAUUAAAAACGGACUAGUAGUGGAAAAAGUCCACAGAGUUAUACAGUUUAAUCAGUCAGACUGGCUUAAGAAAUAUAUAGAAUUAAACACUGAGAUGCGAAAAAAAGCUAAAAACGACUUCGAAAAGGACUUUUUCAAACUUUUAAACAACGCUGUUUUCGGUAUAUAUAUAUAA